UACUCAUUUACCCACUUGUACUUGACCCAUUGUCACUAACAAAGCAUAUCAAAACAAAAAGAAAUAAAAAAAUAAAAAAAAUCCCUCUCUCUUUCUCUUUCUCUUCCUCCGCCUAUAUCUUUCUCCUCCAUUUUCUUUCUUUCUUUCUCUCCCAUUCUCUCUCUCUCUCUUGCUCUGUUUUGCUCGUCUGUUUCAUUCCAUAAUGAAUCUGAACCAGAACUUGAACGAAACAUUGGCCGGACUUCCGGUGCCGGCGCCGGCGUUAAACGAAGAAUCAAUCGCUGUGAUUCUUGAUACAGAAGAUGAACAUUUACCCGAAAUUGAAUAUCUUGAAAGAUUGAGAAAUGGGGAGUUGGAUUUGAAGGCUAGAAUGGAUGCUCUCAAAUGGAUUAUAGAGGUUCAUGUCUAUUUCAACUUUAGCCCUGAUUGUGCAUAUUUGGCUAUAAAUUACAUGGACAGAUUCCUUUCAGUCUAUGAUUUACCAAAAAACACAGCAAUAUGGGCAAUGCAAUUACUAGCUCUUGCUUGUGUAUCAAUUGCAGCAAAAAUGGAAGAGAUUGAAGUUCCCUUGUCCAUUGAUUUACAGGUGGGUGAUUGUAAAUAUAUAUUUGAAGGUAAGACAAUUCAAAAAAUGGAGCUUUUGGUUUUGAGCACAUUGAAAUGGAGAAUGUUGGCAAUUACUCCAUUCAAACUUCUUCGCUGUUUUCUGAAGAAGGUUACGCUUGAUGAAGAUGACGAUAAUGAUGAAAAUGAUAAAGGAGUUCCGAUUAUUUUCUCGAAAUCUAGAUCAUCAACCCAACUUAUACUCAACAUGAUCACUGAAGGAAUUGAGUUAAUGGAAUUCAAGCCUUCAGAGAUUGCAGCAGCAAUGGCAAUGUCAAUUGCAUGGGAAACCAAAAGUCUUCCUGUUGAGCAAUCAAUUUCUCUUUUCACCCACCAUUUCCAUAAGGAAAGGGUUAUGGAGUGCUUUGAUUUGAUUAAUGGAUCAUCAUCAUCAUCUUCUUCAAAUCUUCAUGAUGAUAUUCAUCCUCCAUUGAUGCCAUCUCUACCUCAAAGCCCCAUAGGUGUUCUUGAUGCUUCAACAUUGUUAAGCAACUUUAAGAUGAGUAGUGAUGAUGAGUCUUCUAAGGUUAAUAAACUAGUAGUUGGAUCAUUUGUUGAGAUUAAUGUUUCCCAAAUCAGUCCCUUUAAAAAGAGAAGGAAGCUAAAUGGGAACUUUGAGUUUGAUCAGGUGGUGGAGCCAUAGAUUGGGGAUUUGA